AUGUUUAAAGCUCUUGCCCUGACGAUCUUUCUGACAUGUUCAGCUCGGAACGAGACAGACCAAGCCAUGCUGGAUCAAGCGAGCGCGCUUGUAGAUAAGUACUGUCCCCAAUAUGAAAUGCCAGAGAUUGAUUAUGAUCAAGCCCGGAAGAAUCUGGAACUGAGUGCCGGGGAGGACAACAUUGUUUACAAUGCUCUGUUGCAAACUGCCGCCGCAGUACAGGAUGGCGAAAUGCAGGAUCUGGUGACUGCGCUGCAAGAGAGCGUACGGCCUGUAUUUGCAGUUCGAAAGGCAACGCCGCUUUUCAUGGCGUUCUUGCUGUGGAUUGUCUGGCAUUUCGCUUGUUGGUUCAUAUGUUGCCCUGGGUGCAUGAGAUGCUGUUGCUGCUGUUGUCAGAGGAAAUGGAAAUUCGGGAGAUCAGUCGCAUUCCAGCUUCUCCUGUGGGUGUCAUUCUUGUUUCUAGCCGGCUUGGUCAUUGCCCUCAGCACGCUAAGCACCGAGGAGCACCAGGAAAUUGAGAUGGGCAUCCAAGGGACUGGUUGCUUCUCCGCUAGGCUGGUACACGAUGCUGUUGCAGGCAACCCAUCCAUGGGCUUUGUAGGCCUCUUGCCGGCCUGGAACAUGCUGGAUGCCUUGUCUCAGAGCCUGGAACCCGGAUCAGCUUUUCUGGAGGAUGUGCGCGGCCUGCUAAGUGCCACAGACGAGCUAGAGCGAGCCGUGAACAUUGUUGGGGAUAUGCUGGCUACCUUGCAGUCCCUUUUGAAUGACAGCCAGAACCAGCGACCGGCUGGAUACCUUCACAACUGUGCAGCCUGCGAACCUUUGAGCACAGCCCUGGCUGAGGUCAUCAGGCUCUUCGACGAAGGUGUUGCGUUGGCGCUGCAACAAGUCCGAUCAGAAGUCAACAGCCAGCUGGAUGGGGACACUUUGGCAAAUCUGCGGCGAACCGUUCAGCAGACGAAGGAACCUCUGGAGACCAUGAAGGAGCAGAUGCUUCAGCAGGUAGGUUACUUCGUCAGCGAGGCAGAUGAUGGCUUUCAGACAGCCACAACCUCCCUGGUAGGAGAGUCUUCGGUGGUGUACCCUAGUUUGCUGGCCGUUGUCCUUGCGAGUUGUGGGGUGGCCAUCCUCGGGAUCUUGGCCUUGCUGGCUUACAGCCUCUGCCACCGAGGGGGGGAGGAGCCUGAUCCUUGCUGCGUUUGCACAUGCAGUGCAAGUGCCAUGUGCACCACCUACAUCUUUGCCGGGAUAAUGUUUUUCAUAGGCGGAAUCUUGCUACUUGUUACCAUGGUGGGGGGAGGGGUCUGUUUGGCCAUGGUGGACUUCGAUGAGCAGAGUGGGCAGACUCUCCUGCAGUCCCUUGGCGUCCCAGCAAGCGACAAUGUCAACAUGGCCUUGAGGAUGGCGGAUCGAUGCAUGAGCCUGAAGUCUGAGGGCAACACCACACGCAACGUAGCUGACAUCCUUGAGUUCCCUGCAACGUCACCCAGCUAUCCGGGUGAGAUGAGCACAGCCCGAGAACUACUUGCAGAUUUGGUGGCUUCUAAGAUUGAUGAGACCUUCCUGGUACUUGAAGAAGCUAUGGCCUCGCAACCCCUAAGACUGGCUGACAACCCCAUUUUGGCACAGAUCCGUGGAUAUCUCGGGAGCGUGAACUUUAAGGCCAUGUACUGGCCCAACCCGGCUGAGAUCCAAGCACACUCCACCUACAAGGCCAUGCCUCCUCCAUACUAUGUCGUCAGCGUCCUCUGCCAAGAUCUUCAGUUGCCUGAUCAACUGCCUUCAGUGUUGGCCAAUGCCUAUGUUCCUGGGCUGAACUCCAUGGUGGUGGAUGGUAUCUCUACUGGCAGCGGGCCUCGUAUGCCCGGAAUCUUUCCCGCCCAGGAUAUGACCUGGAAUUGCCCCAUCCGCUUGGAGGGCGAUUGCGCAGACUCCAACCUGCCUCUUAGAGAAUCCUGUGAGGCCUCCAAGGCCUUUCUCUUAGAGCGCAAGCUACCUCUCAUCACCCUUCCCAUCUUUCGAUGCAGAUAUAUACAGUUGCCUGGGGCACCUCCUGGCACCAAAUGCAACAUCGAGAACAUGUACAAAGAGAACGGCACAUGGAUAAACAGUUGCGUUCACCCGAAUCGAACGGUGACCUUCUUUGAGCAGGAUUGUGACAUAUCGGAGUUUGAGGAGAACAUCCAAUCUUUCGAGAUGUGGCUGUACAAGAUCUUCCAGUAUCUGGACGACACAGUCGUGGAGCUCCUAAAUCAGGUAGCCACUGACUUGAAAGCUAUCGUCUAUGGGCAUCUGGUCGACCCAGUAUUCUCUCUACUGGAUGGCUUCGACUGCUCCUUCAUGGAAAGUUUCUGGAAAGGUCUCACAGACUCCUUGUGCUUCCGAAGUGUCAGCAGCUUCCAAGUGAUCUCCAGCCUCUAUGUCUGGGUGGCUAGCCUCAGCCUUCCCAUGGUGGCGGUGCUGUACGUAGCCUGGCGCGUCUCCCGCGACACCACGGAUGCCUUCGCAGAUUCCUCGCAGACUGUCGUGACAAGGGCCUUAGUCCUAAAGAAUGAGCUGAAGCGGAGAGCCACCCGCAGAGCAGCAGAGGGCCAGAAUGCAGCUUCCUCUUCCUGGGCAGAGGCUCCAGCCCCGGCUCCAGCUGUGGCUGCUGUGGGCCCUGCUGAAGGUCUCGCGCCUGGAGCGCCCGUGUCUCCUGCUCAAACCGUUGAAGCUCGAUCUGCUUUUUCCCUCUAA